AUGAACGUCCUCAAGCUACAGAAAAAGUACCCUCAAUUCCAACAAGCCGACAUAUUCGGCCUCACAGACGCCUUCCGCAAGCUCGACACCGACGACAAGGGCUACGUAGACGAAGCAACCGCCAUCAAGUCCGCGCAGAACACCGAGCGCCAGCCCUACGAUGUCGUGCGUCAAGCGCUCAAGGAGGUCGAGCUGGACUCGUCGCGGCGAGUGGAGCUGGAUGACUACGUCGACUUGAUCGCGAAGCUACGACAACCGAGCGAAGCCCAGCAGCGCAUGAGCACUGGCCCGCAGAGAAGCAGAGGUUUCAGCAACGCCAAUGCCGGCAAUGCCGGGGCUGCGCCGACGCCUACUGGACCUCAGCAUAGGAGUCAGGGAAGUACAGGAGGACAAGCAGGAGGUGGAAGGAUCACAGUUGCGGGCGCCACGGGGAGCUCGCAGCAUACGAUCAAUGAAGAUGAGCGGACGGCGUUCACCUCGCACAUCAACGCUGUGCUGGCUGGUGAUACGGAUAUCGGACACCUGCUGCCUUUCCCGCUGGACACGUUCGAGAUGUUCGAUUCGUGCAAGGAUGGACUGGUGCUCGCGAAGCUCAUCAACGACAGCGUGCCGGAUACGAUUGACGAGCGAGUAUUGAACAGGGAAGGGAAGAAGAUUAAGAAGUUGAAUGCGUUUCACAUGACGGAGAACAACAAUAUCGUGAUUGAGUCGGCGAAAGGUAUCGGGUGCUCCGUGGUGAACAUUGGGUCUGGAGAUAUCAUUGAAGGGAAGGAGCAUUUGAUACUGGGGUUGAUCUGGCAGAUCAUCCGGAGAGGGCUGUUGGGCAAGAUUGAUAUCAAGCUGCACCCGGAGCUGUACCGCCUAUUGGAGGAUGGCGAGACGCUGGAGCAGUUCUUACGGUUGCCGCCGGAACAGAUCUUGCUGAGAUGGUUCAACUACCACUUGAAGAAUGCGAACUGGCAGAGGCGUGUCCAAAAUUUCUCCACCGACGUCAAGGACGGCGAAAACUACACCGUUCUUCUCAACCAACUCGCACCAAACACCUGCUCCCGCGACCCUCUCAAAACCUCCGACCUCCACCAACGCGCCGAGCAAGUCCUGCAGAACUCCGACCGCCUUGAUCCACCCUGCCGCAAGUUCCUCACCCCCACCUCCCUCGUCGCCGGCAAUCCAAAGCUCAAUCUCGCCUUCGUCGCCAACCUCUUCAACAACCACCCUUGCCUGGACCCCAUCACCGAAGAAGAAAAAGCGGAGAUCGAAGACUUCGACGCCGAAGGCGAGCGCGAAGCGCGCGUGUUCACGCUCUGGCUCAACUCCCUCGACGUCCAGCCAAGCGUCGUCAGCUUCUUCGACGACCUGAAAGACGGGACCGUGCUCCUGCAGGCCUACGACAAAGUCAUCCCCGGCUCCGUAAACUGGCGCCACGUCAACAAACCCCCCGCCAACGCCGUCACGCCCGCAAGCCAGGACGAAGACGAAGCGUACCUCACGAUCAAAUCCGGCAUGGGCCGCUUCAAAGCCAUGGAGAACACGAACUAUGCCGUGGAAAUCGGGAAGCAGAACCGCUUUUCUCUCGUCGGGAUCCAGGGGGCUGACAUCACGGAUGGCGUGCGCACAUUGACGCUGGGGAUGGUCUGGCAGUUGAUGAGGCGGGAUAUCACGAACACUCUCACCAACCUCGCGCAACGCAUGGGCAAGCGCGAGAUCUCGGACUCCGAUAUGAUUCAGUGGUCCAACAGCAUGGCGUCGCGACCCGGCGGGAAGGGGACGCAGAUCCGCAGUUUCAAAGAUCAGAAUCUGGCUACGGGCGUUUUCUUCCUCGAUGUGCUGAACGGGAUGAAGUCGAGUUAUGUGGACUAUGACCUCGUGGCUUCCGGGAAGGGAGAAGGAGAGGGGUAUGCGAAUGCCAAGUUGGCGAUCAGUAUUGCGAGGAAGAUGGGGGCGACGAUCUGGUUGGUGCCGGAGGACAUUACGCAGGCGAGAGCCAGGUUGAUGGUGACGUUUGUGGGGAGUUUGAUGGCUGCCGCUGAGAGAAUGGGCGCGUAG